GUAGGUAAAUAAUUCCACCGGCGUUCAUGGUCAAAGUCCAGUUAAACUGGAAGCUUAAUGCGCUAGAACUACAUUUAGACACUUUAAUUUUUUUUCGCAAUGACAGCACGAAAUAUAUCUCAGUUUUGGGAGUGGGGGAGGAAGAUUAUUUGCGUUGGGAGAAACUAUGCAGAACACGCCAAGGAGCUGAAAAACGCGGUUCCGACAGAGCCCGUGUUGUUCCUGAAGCCUCCCUCUGCGUAUGUUAGGGAGGGCUCCCCCAUCCUGGUGCCUUCGUACACCAGCAGCCUGCACCACGAGGUGGAGUUGGGGGUGGUCAUCGGGAAAGGGGGUACAGCCAUCCCGCAGUCCACGGCCAUGGAGCACGUGGCGGGCUACGCGCUGUGUCUGGACAUGACCGCCCGGGACAUCCAGGACGAGUGCAAGUCCAAAGGUCUGCCCUGGACCCUGGCCAAAGCGUUCGACACCUCCUGCCCCGUCAGCGACUUCAUCCCCAAAGAGCGCAUCCCGGACCCGGGCCACGUCCAGAUGUGGCUGAAGGUGAACGAGCAGCUGCGGCAGAGCGGCUGCACCUCGCACAUGAUCUUCCCCAUCCCCUUCUUGAUCAGCUACAUCAGUGACUUCAUCAGCCUGCAGGAGGGGGACCUGAUCCUGACGGGGACCCCUGAGGGGGUCUCUGCGGUGCAGGAGCAUGACGAGCUGCAGGCUGGGAUCCAGGACGUUGUUACCAUGAGUUUCCGAGUGGACAGACGGGGUCACUGAGGACAAACAGGACCACCGAGGACAGACCCACUGAGAGACAUCAGCAGAUGGCAGUGCUGUCUUCUUACCGCCUUCUUGGGGGUUUGACACAUGUCGCACUUAGCUCAUCUGAAUCCAAAUGUAAAAUAUCAUGCAAUGGAUCUUUUUGAUGAUUGAAUGAAUAAAAUAACAUGCCAAGUAAAAUACA